UUUUCAGCCAUUACAGUUGGUACUAGAUAUCAACAGUUUUUUUUUCCAUCUUCGCAUUUGGGAUAUUGUUGUGUCGCGUCGUUCGCAUUCAGUUUCGCUGCAGUAACAUUACAAAUUUUUGUUUUUUUUUCAAUCAUUUUUUUCGAGCGGCAAAAAGAAUUAUUAACUAAAAAUAGAAAUUGGCAACAGAGAUUAGUGUCGUUCGACGUAAAUAAACUUUGUUUAAUUGAAGUAUUAAGUUUUUGGCAAAGUUUCAAGUCAAAAAAAGAAGAAAAACCAGCGCGAUCGGAAAUUUUCACCGCUAAAAACGGACGCGUCAGUCGUAUAAAAGGUUGAUCAGUUAAAAGAGAAAUAAUUUUUGGUGAAUCGAAGCGAGUGAGAAAAAAAGAAAGAAAAUUAUGGAUCGACGUAAGAGAGGAGCAGCAGCAGCCACUGCUGUUGAAACUACGAGAGCAACACGAGCGUCGAGUAAAUCACCGUCGCGACGCUCGUCAAGAAAUCGAUCUCCAGCCCGUAAUGCGUCGCCAGCACGCACAAAAUCAUCGGCAUCACAGCGCCGAAGUGGGCGAAAUAAACAAACAGACAAUGACACCGCCUCGGAAACUGAUGACUCAAAAUCCGAAGUCAUGAACAAAUUGAGUAUUCGGGUGUCACCAUUGAAGAUGGACAAGGAGGGCAUCCAAAAGUUGGUAACACGAAAUCGCAAAACGCCAACAAACGCCAAAGUGUCGAACAUAUCAAGCGAAGGUGAUGAUGAGGUGGCCAGUUUGACGGCCAAGUACUUGAACAACAAACAAAGUGCUGAAAAUCCAACGCCAUCGGAUUUGAGCGCAAAACGAAGCUACAGCCGUUCGAUCAGUCGCAGUUUGAUCGAUGAAGAAUGGAGCCAAUCGGAUGCAUCGGAAAAAAAUGAUGACCCCAUUUUCGGUGGUCGCAUCACACGCAGCCGCAGCAAAACACAAAAUUUGUUGCGCCGAGAACAAAGUCUGGCAAAAGAUGCAGCCGCUGAGUUUGGCGGCAGUAUUGGAGCAUCGGCAUUCAUCGUUUUGCUUCCGCUUUUGACUUUCUUUACACAGUAUGUGUGCAGCAGGCCAGAAUGUAGCAUCAAAGCGGUACGAGUAGAAAAACUCAAACUCAUUUCGAGCUUUUUCACUCUGGAAAGUGGCUACAUUUACUUGAUUUUUACGUGGCUUGUAUGCAUACUGUCAUUGAUCCCGUAUCUCGGGGUGAAGCGCCAAUUGGCUCAAGCCGCAUCGGCCAGUGAAUCAAGUGGACCACGUUAUUUCAACGGUUUUGCUAUUGCUGUUGCCAUCGUUAGCGGUUUAUCUGUUGCUGAGUACUACUUCAAGUACCCGAUUUUCGCACAGAUUUACAAGAACUAUCAGCAAUUCAUCUUCGUUGGAUUCAUUUAUGCAAUUGUCAUUUCGGCUUGGUGCUUCUUCCGAUCGAAAUAUGUUCCAGUCACUGCAUGGAAUCCAUUUGCUAAGUCGGGCCGUUUGGUGAGCGACUUGUUCAUUGGACGCGAAAUUAAUCCACGCUGGUGGAACAUUUUCGAUAUCAAGUUGAUCCAUCGUCGCGUUGCACUCAUCUCAACGCUGAUCUUCAACCUGAUCUUCCUCACCCGAAAUGUGAAAUUCGUCCCAGUUCCAACGGUUGAAGCACCAUUGACCAACACCGAAAUCAUCACUCAAUUCCUGCAAAGCAUCCGAUUCGAGCCGGUUGCCGCCACUGUAUCACUAUUGAUCGUCGUGUAUGUGAUCGAUGCACUCUUGUUUGAAUUCCAUCUCACCAGCUCAUUUGAAUUGCAAAAUGAAGGCGUCGGCGCUCAACUCUUGCUUCAGUAUGCUGCGUACCCAGUCUGGUCAUCGAUCUUCGCCAAAUUCGCUCUGCAACACAAGAUCACCGGCGUACCCAACUGGCUUUUGGUUUUGAUUAGCGUCGUCUUUUUGAGCGGCUUGAUUUUGAAACGUCUUGCCAAUGAACUGAAAUAUCACUACCGUGUUUAUCCAAACAGCGCUCGCUCAUCCAACUUGGUAACCCUGCCAACAUUCCAAGGACAACGCCUUUUGAUCGCCAAAUACUGGUCGAAAAUUCGUCACCCGAACUUAUUGGGUGAAAUCAUAACGGCAAUUUCAUUGUUGCCAUUGCUUUACUUCCGAUUUGCUUGGUCACCACUCAUCGCCGUUCUUACGUCGAUCGUAUUCAUUGUGCACCGAGCCCGUCGCAUCGACACACGCAUGGCUCAACACUACAAUUCGGCCUUUACGCGAUACAAAUCUCAAGUCCAAAAAUCAUUCAUUCCCCGUGUUUAUUAGAUAGACUGUCCCAGCAAUUGCCCAAAAACAAACAAAAAAAUCAAUUCAUAUCUCAUCGCCAGCUCACAGCAGAUGGCAGUCACUUCAUAAGAAGUAAAUUCUUGCUGUAGAAAUAAUAAUACACAAAAAGCACCAAUAUUUUUUUUUAUUCAUAUUCAAAAUCAAACAAUCAAACAAAAAAUCUAAAAAAAAAAAAUACUACAAAAAAAUGCAAAAUGACAUAAAAAAUAAAAUCCAUUCAUUUAGAAUUAAUAAGAACGCUCACGAAAAAGAAACAACAACACAUUUAAAAAAAAAAAUCAAACAAUUUACAUUUUUAUAAAUUGUGUUCAUAUUUCACAACAUCGUAAUUGUUUUUUUAUAUGGACACCGUGUGUAAAAUAACCCACUGUGGAAUGUUGGAGAAGAAGACAAAAUAAGGAAAAAGAUGGAAAAUAAAAAUGUAAAAAUAAGAACGUAAGAGAAAUGUUUGUUCUCAGACUCGAAACAAUGCAGAUAACGUUGAACGAACAGUUUUAUAGCGGAAUAAUCGUAAUAAUUUCGCUCGUCGGCUCUCGAAUCAAAUGUUUUGAUUUUAUAAAUUGACACCGUGACACAAUCGAGAGAAAUUUGUAAUAGAUAAAUAUAAUGUUAGAAGAGUUUCGGUCAAUAAUUGUAAAAGUACAAAACGUGUAAUAGAUUUAGAAUUUAAAUGCAUUGCAGAAAUUUUUCGAUUUGAUCUUUUUUUUUUGUCUCGAUUUUUUUUUUCUGGAAAAUUGACUAAGUUUAGAGUAUAAUAAUAGUGACCACAAUCAUUUAAUAAAAGAAGAAAAAAAUUCAAUUGAAUUUCCACCGCUGAUCCGUAAUCGGAUUGAUUUAUGUAAUUUGAGAGAUUUGGACGAGAUUUUCCCCCGUAAAAAAAGACAGAAAAAAAUACUCAAUCAAAAAAUUGAAAUCCUUUAUUUUUUUUAAAUCAACCUGUUCUUUUCAUUUUACUUUCUCUUUUGUUUAUAAUUUAUUUCAACAUAGAUUUGUUUCGAAGAGUCCAAAAAAAAAACAAGUGAAAUUUCGAAUAGAAACACAAAAAAAAGUCAUAGAAAAUCAAAUCGUGGACCCAAAUAGAAUUAUAAGGAGACAAAGUUGAAAAGAGAAAAAAAUCAACAAAAGAUUAUUAUAAUGAGAUAUAAAUGAAUGAAUCCAAAUAAACUUGAGUUUGCAAUUAAUAAUCAUAUGUAAAAAAAAAACGAAGAAGAGCGAAAAGAGUGUGAGUGGGUGCUAAUGCUUAAAUGCACUUUCCCCAUCCACGCAAUUGCAAUUCAAAACUGAAAUGAUAGUUUGUAAUUUGUAUUCAGUAGAGUUUUUUUUUGAUUCUGUCAAUUAUUUUUAAUAAAGAGAUUCAAGGGACA